AUGAUUCCCAGUAUAUUUAUCACAUUUAAGAAUUUUAAUAACAAUUCGUCAACCACAAUCUCAGACAACGAAAAUAGAAGUAACGACGAAAAUCAUACCGUUGGCAUUGAUACCAAUAUAUUUCCUUCUGAUUAUUCCGAUAAUGAUCUGAAAUAUGUUUCUUCUGGAUCAAUCAACAAUCUAGACAACGAAAAUGAAAGUAAAGACAACAAUAAUACCGUUGACAUUAAUACCAACAUAUUUCCUGCUACUUAUUCCGAUGAUGAUCCAAACUACGUUCCCUCAGAAUCAGAAGCCGAAAACGAAAAUUUGAAUCUAUCUGAUAACAAGACAAGUAAUGUGUCAUUAGACAGACUAUCAUCAAAAAGAAAGCAAAAGAAUAAACUAAAUAAAAAACUUAUAUCAAUACUUUUCAGAGCUUUUGAACCAAGUAACAGAUACUACGAAUCAAAUCUUCCCGACUACCGUUCAAAACAUCAAAACUUUAGCAAACCAGAAAGAAAAGAGAGCAAAGAGUCACGAUUUGGUAUUAUUCCUAUAUCAACAACUUCUUAUGGGUCUAAUGGAAAUGGCGUACAAUACGGAACUGGAAAUGUUGGCUAUACAAUCAGUCCUAUGAAAAUUGAUAUUGGAGGAGUGGCUCUUGGAGCAAUCCUAGGGCUUGGACUUGUUCUGAUUAUACCCAAGAUAGCAAAUAUUGUAGGAGGUGGAGGGGGAUAUGGUGGAUAUAGAAGUCUGGAAACAGAAAUGUCAUCCGUAACAGAUGUACUUGCUAGAAUUGACAACUCCCUCGAACAACAUAAUAUAGAUAGUUCAUCUUGUAUUCAAAGAACUAUAUGUUCGUACGUAAAUAGUGCACAAAAAAAUAUUAAAAAUGGAGAAGCGACAGGUGUGGAUGAAUUUAUUACAUCUUUAACUAACAACACACUUUUGUCAUAUAUGUUGGAUGGUACAGCUGUGAAGGAAGCCGCUGAAACAGGAAAAGCAAACGAUGAAGGGCAAUGCAAUAAUAAAUAUCCAAAAUGUCCUUUAACAAAAGACAACGUGUUAAAAGUUCUUGGAAGUUUGAUACCAGCUUAA